CUAAGAGAGCGCUGGAGCGCUACAAAGAACUGGGGUAACGCGCAGGCGCACUGGGAGACCCCCGGCUGCGCUGAUCUCAAGCGUGGGCUGACGCCAAGUGCGCAGGCGCAGAACGGAGACGCGCCGUGUGGGCAAGGGGAGGUGGCUGCGCAUGCGCAGUGCGAGGCGCGUGACUUCUUUUGUCGUUGAUGAAGUCAGUAACAUCAUUAAAGAGGCCAUAGAAAGUGCAAUAGGUGGCAAUGCCUACCAGCACAGCAAAGUGAACCAGUGGACAACAAGUGUGGUGGAACAAUCUCUAAGCCAACUCACCAAGCUGGGGAAACCUUUCAAGUAUAUUGUGACCUGUGUGAUUAUGCAAAAGAAUGGUGCUGGGCUACAUACAGCAAGCUCUUGCUUCUGGGACAACUCCAGUGAUGGAACCUGCACUGUGAGAUGGGAGAAUAAGACUAUGUACUGCAUUGUCAGUGCCUUUGGACUUGCAAUAUGAUUGCCUUGGAAUCCGUUGUACUUCUUUUCUACUCCAGCACUCGAUUCCAUCUCUGCUCAAACUGUGAAUGCACUGAACAACCUCCAGUUUUAAUGUACUUUUUCUGUAACUUUUUUCAGAUGUGAAAACAUGCUGUUACAUGGUUUGUGUUUGUCUUUUUAGUAUUGUACCAGUGUUGCCACGCUGUCUUAAAACUUCAAGAACUUCUCCUUAAGGUGCUAAUACUGAAAUCUGCUGCAGCGUAAACAUUUUCUCUAGAUUUCUUUUUUAAAACCAAAUUAAAUAAGACACUGACUUUCACACUUUGUACUCUUGGUUAGCAUUAAAUUAUUCAAAUUC